ACGGCGCGUUUUCUAUUGUAUACAUGUGUACGGAUUCCCUCGUCAGCUUCAAAUGAAGUACCUCUUUCUACCAUUCCAAUUCCAUAAUUCAGAUCGAUCUCUCGCUCGCUCGCUGGCAAUCAGUUUAUGAAUGGCUAACGAGCCAGGGAUUCUCUGAGAUCUGAAAAUUGCAAUUUCUCUUUUCUACUGAUCUCCCGAAGUAGGAAAAGGAAAAUGGGAGUGGUCAUUGAGAGCUCCGUUUGGGAACCGAAUCCCGCCCUAUACAUCUUCAUCUUCCUCUCGUGCCUCGCCUCGAUCUUUCUCUUCCCUUUCGCAUCCAACCACAGCUCUGCAAGCAAAACCCCGUCGCUCUUCGACCACGGAUUAUCAUCUUCCUUCCUCCGUUUUCAGCGGAACUUCCUCUUUCUCUAUUCGCUCGCUUCAGCAAUGGAAGGACUGUGGUCAGUGUUCGGAGAGUUCGAGUUGGCUCACUAUGGCGUUAGCAGAGAGCAAAUGGUUCUGUCAAUCUGUGUAGGCUCUGCGGCUGCUCUUCUCGUUGGCUCAUUCUUAGGCGUGCUUUCUGAUCUAAUCGGUCCAGAAAAGGUUUGUCUGAUUUUUUGCAUCCUUCACCUUUUUGUCGGCAUAUGGAAGAGGAUUAUUGCUCAUCCAAGUGUUCUUGUAGCAAGCAUCUGUUUGUCUCUUGCCUCUUCAAUAUUUUCAUUCAGUUUCGAGACAUGGAUGGUAGUUCAACAUGAAAAGCAAGGGCACAGACAAGAUUCAAUGAGUGACACAUUUUGGUUAAUGAGUUUCUUUGAGGCUGCAUCUUACAUUGGAAGCCAGGUGCUUGCAAAUUGGCUGGUUGGUGAUAACAUGGAGAAGAACAUGGUAUCUCCUUCCAGUGCAGCUAUAUUCUUGGCAAUGAUAAGCAUUAUUUGUGUUACUGGAGGAUUGAGAGGAACUGCACGAACAGCUGCAUUUAAGGAGUAUAGAGUGUCCUUCUAUGCAUAUAUUUUAGGUGAUAAAAGGAUAUUGCUUUUGGCAUGGGCACAAGCUUGCCUUAACUUCUCCAUUACAGUGUUUUGGAUUCUGUGGGCCCCAACAUUGGUGGCUGAUGGACGAGAAGUGCAUCUAGGGUUGAUAUAUCCUUGUUUGCUGGGUACGAGAAUGCUAGGAAGCACAGUAUUCCCGUGGCUCAUCAGCGGAUCAUUGUCACUUCGAACUGAGGAUUGCCUAGUAUAUUCAUUUAUCAUAAUGGGAUUUGUGUUGUCUAUAAUAGCUUAUGAUUAUCAGGAAAUCGGAGUUUUGGUCACAUUAUUUUGCUUAUUCCAUGCUUGUGUUGGACUGAUCUUACCUUCACUUGCCAGAUUGAGGACCAUGUAUGUGCCAAAUGAGUUGCGUGGAGGAAUGAUGAGCCUUUCUCUAGCCCCUGCUAAUGCAGCAAUUCUGCUUUUUAUGAUCCAAGGAGGGUACUAUUGGAACAUCGGGAAUGCAGCAAUAAUGGCCUUUGCUGCAUUGGGGCUACUCACAGCGGCUGGUAGCAUGCAUGUAUUGAAGCGAUUGGGGAAGCAACCUUAUCAAAACUGGCACAAAUUGUGAUUUCAUACCCAUUAAAAUGUCAAGCUUGUCAAUUGUCAUACUUGAUGGGAAUGGGGAGUAAAAGGAAAAGAAGAGGUUUGUGGGUUCAGGAUUCCGCUGAUGCAUUUAGCAGGUGUGGCAAUAUGGAUGGAAAGGAAACAAAAGGAAUUGGAAAAAUGAAUCAACAUUCGACUCAUAAGGAGACUGAAAUGUAGGUUGUUACACGCGCAUGUUGGGCCGGAUUGGAGGUAAGCCCAAGCUGAAUGGAAGAUUUCAUGGCUGGAUUGUAGCUGAGCUCGAACUCAAUCUCAGUUGUAAAUUCUCGGCCUCAAUCUGAGAUCUGAAAUUCUCGGUCGUAACCAAAUCCAAAACAAGUCAACUCAGGUCGGGCCUUUUUCUUCUAAGGAGGUCAGCCCUCGGAUGAAUUGUCAACCUCAUGUUUCUUUUAGGCUGAUUGUUCAUAUCAUCUUGGGUUAAGUUAGAAAGACACAUUAGCAAUAUGGGAUUGGGUUGUGGAGAUCUCAACCCAGUCCAACUUGAUACUUUGAAAUUUUUAACCUGCAACCCAGGUCUGAAAAAUCCCAAACGUAUGUUGCUCACAUCAGAAUUAAUCAGUUGGGUAACUUGCACUCCAAAGAAAAGAAAAAAGAAAAAAAAGAGAGACUAAUUUACUUACGGAACAAAUUAGCUGAUGUGACUGGAUCACACUGUUGUCAAGCUGAUGGUCCAAUCAUCGGACUUCAUCACAUACUACCAUCAAAGCGUUCUCUCCUCUACCUAUCGAGUUUUGGCCCACGAACUAUGAGAUUAUCCAUUUGAAUUAAUUUUUUGUUUUA